CAGAUUGACUCAGGUUCAAGGCGGCGGAGGAGGGCGACUGAAUCUGGCCGGAAUGGCGCGGCAAAGCGGAGCGCAGCCGGGCAGCCGUUCGGGGGUCCCGACUCCCGCGGGGAGGGAUCGUCGUCAAAUGCGGAUCCUGUUCUGACGCCAGGUUCUCAAUCUCAGUCCUCUCUGAUCCAGCUCCUUGUUGCCGGGCCUUCUGUGUACACGGAUCUGUGUUUCUGCGGAGGGAGGCGAGGGGAUGGACGACGACGAGUACUCGUGGGUGCGCCGCACCAGGUUCACGCACUCCGUCGUCAGGUCCAGCUCCAUCUCCGGCAGGCUCUCCUUCGACGAGCAGUUCUACCGCCGCCGCGCCACCGACCCAAAGCAGCAGCAGCAGGCAGGGUUCGACUACUCGGAGCUCAGGGCUCCCGCGCGGAGCCUGCAGCAGCCCAGGGCCAAAGCCGCCGUCCCGGCCUCGCCGACCAGGCCGUCCAUCCCGAGGGCGAAGCCGGCAGCAGCAGCUUCUUCGCUCGCCGCUGCGUCUUCAGUUGGUCAGCUCAAGCAGCAGCAUGCUGCUAUUAGCGAUGGUCUGCUGAAAGAAGCGCCAGCGAUGAAGCAAGGUGGGGAGGUGGGACACAAGGGAACCAUCCUAGGCGUCGAGCCCCUGCACAUCCCUCCGCGGCAUGUUGUUCAGAGUCCCAAGAGCCAUGGGAGCCCGGACACGAUCGAGUUCUCCUUCCACUCCGAGGAGCAGAGCCUGAGGCUGCAGAGGGUGUGCUCUAGCCCAUCUCCUUUCUCUGCGAACGACGCGACGCUAUCCGGCAAUCCGGAUGCACGCAGUGUGUCUCUCAGGGUCGCCGGAGACGGAUCGACGAAGCCCAAGAAGAGGUCCAAGUCGCCUAUCCCGACGCGCGUCAUCUCCGACGUCUUCAGGGAGGCCAAAGCCGCCAGCAAGAGGUUCUCCUCCCCGCAGCGGCCCAGGAAGUCUAGCUCCGCGCGGUUCCUCGAUGAUAGCCCGCCUUUCGCCUUCUCCUCCACGAGGGUGGCAGGCAAGCUGGUCACCAAGAGGGCCUCCUCCUGGCCGAGGAACUCCGAUGCCAGGGUGGCUAAGGUUGCUGCGUUAGAGAUACUUGAGAAGUGGACGGUCGACCGCUCGCAGCUGCUCAUCGGCCAUAAGUUUGCGGCAGGGGCUUAUAGCCGUUUGUUCCACGGAAUCUACAAGGAGGAGCCUGUUGCGGUCAAGUUUAUCAGGCUGCCUGAUGAUGAUGAAGAUGAGGAAUUGACCGCUCGCCUCAAGAAGCAGUUCACUGUCGAAGUCACCAUUCUGGCUCGGCUCAAUCACCGUAAUGUCAUUAAGCUGGUUGGAGCAUGUAGCUGUCCGCCUGUCUUUUGUGUCAUCACCGAGUUCCUGUCUGGAGGCUCUUUGAGGUCUUUUUUGCGCAAGCAGGAGUGCAAACAACUUCCGCUGGAGAAGAUUAUCUCCAUUGCCUUGGACAUUGCAUAUGGCUUGGAAUAUGUUCAUUCGCAAGGAGUAAUCCACCGUGAUGUGAAACCUGAGAACAUUCUAUUUGAUGGAGACUGUUGCGCAAAGGUUGUUGAUUUUGGAGUAGCUUUUGAAGACGUAUACUGCAAUACAUUGGAAGAUGACCCAGGUACAUAUAGAUGGAUGGCGCCGGAAAUGUGUAAGCGGAAGCCGUAUUGUCGGAAAGUUGAUGUUUAUAGUUUUGGCCUUGUCUUGUGGGAAUUGGUUAGUGGUUCAAUGCCUUAUGAAGAGAUGACCCCGCUCCAAGCAGCUUUCGCGGUUGUUAAUAAGAACUUGAGACCAGUUGUUCCUUCGAACUGCCCGACACCAGUACAACAAUUGAUGGAGCAAUGCUGGUCCGUUCAACCAGACAAGAGGCCUGAGUUUAGCCAAAUAGUUAAAACGCUUGAAAAUCUCAAGAAGGUUCUUGAUAGAGAUGGAACACUUGACAAGAUCCUCCAGGAAGCUCAGGACCAAAACAAGAACAGGCUUGCGAACUGGAUCCAAAAGCUCUCAUAUAGCCAGCCAGAUUUCUCAGGGACUCCACCGCCAAAGCUACUGUAAUUAUGUGUCCUUCACUUCUCCCCCGAAAUGUGUUCUGUGAUAGAUCACAACUCUGAAAAAUCAAUUUUUCUAUGUAUAUAAACACGAAACUACAGAAGACGCAUUUUAUU